AUGGGGGGUCCAACGAGAAAGAGGGCGCGGGAGGAGGCGGCGCCAACUCCGAAGACCGAGAGUCGCGGCGAGGAUGAGAAGAGCGCGGCCAGCAGCAGCUUGGAUGUCGCUUCCUGCGCCACCGUGGGAGAGGCGGGGGGUGAUGUGGCCAUUGAGUGUGCCUUCACCUGCUCGCCUGAAUCCGACGAGGAAAAUGAGCUAUUGGCGGCGGGGGAAAAUCUGAGCGGAGCUGCAUUAAAAGCAUUUUUGAAGCGCAACUUCAUUGACUACAUAGAUCAGAGGGCAACUUGCAUUCCUGACUUAGAGGAAAAGGAAAUGUGA